AUGGUUUCAAUAAAGUCCAGGAAUUGGACACUAUUGUCUGUUCUAGUAACAUUCAUUUGUGUAGUCAGUGCCGAAUUUCAGCCAACGAUCUCGAAAUUGAAAGAGGAUCAUGUUGCUGAAGCUUACUCUUACUUUGACGACUCUACCACCAUAUUAGGCUCUAGGAAGAACAAGUUGAUUAUAUCGUUCGAUGAUGGGAAAUCGUGGGAAACUAUUAAAGAAACAAAGGAAGAAACCAUAAUUCACUACCAAAUGGAUAUCUUUCUUCGAGAAAGAGCGUUCGCCUUUACCGCUGAUAAUGCCCAGUUUGUCACUUAUGAUAAGGGCCAGCAUUGGCUGAAGUUCAACAUUAAGGAUCCGAAGGAUUCUUCGAAGCUUGCCAAGAUAGAUUCCAUCCCAAGAGUAUUGUUUAACAGUAAGAAUCCAAACUUGGCGCUUUUUGAUUUCUAUUCUUGUCCUGAAUUGGAGCACUUUUCUGAAAGGUGUAAGCACUUACAUUACUAUACAACAGAUGGGUUCAAGACCGAUCCAAAGCCUAUCUCGAUCGAUACGAAUAUAUGCCACUUUGCAAAGUCGACCAAAGCAGCAAUCGAAAACAAAGUCGACCAUGAUGCUACGUUGUUUUGUACCCAAAACAAGAUCAAUUCGUUCGGUCAUGUAAUUGAAUCUAAUCUCUAUAAGACCACUGAUUUCUUCCAGAAAGAUAAGACGUUGGUGCAACCUAACGGAUUAGAUAAGACGGGUUCAUACACCAACUUUAAAGUUAUCCAGAAUUUCAUAAUCUUGGUUGUUAGAUUAGACAAAUUUAACGUAAAUUCCAAAAUAGCACUUUUCGUGUCCAGAGACUAUGAGAACUUUGACAUGGCUGAUUUGGUUGUUGAUGUCUCCUAUGGCGCAAUUGAGUUCUUAGAGUCAAAUCCCCUGUCAAUUGAGUUAGUAGUUAUGGAUUACUCCAAUCCAAUGGAAGAUGUAGCAUUAGCAGCUUUCUAUGGAUCCGAUUCAACUGGGUUAGCAUUCACCAAGAAAUUGGAUUUUGUCAAGUCAGGAUCCACACUGAAAGUUCAAAAUAUUGAUGGUUCUUGGAUGGUUCUUGUAGGAGAAGAUCCAUUGGGCUCAACCGAAGGUAAAGUUCCGAGUUUGAUAGACUUAUUGUUAGGUGAUGGGGGACUUAACGAUAAUUUGAAGUCGAUGAUCACGAUUGACGACGGCGAAAGUUGGAGCUACUUAAGAGUGAUAGACGACGACAAUUGUAAACUUGAAAGCCAAUGUUCACUUCACAUCUUGUCCCAGAUGGAAAGAGAUGGUGCAGGUAAAUUUGUGACUGGCCCAACUCCUGGUCUUAUGUUUGCUGUCGGAAACACUGGGAAGCACAUCGAAAAAGAGGUUUCUAAAAUGCAUACUUACUAUUCAAAAGAUGGUGGAAUUAGCUGGAAAUUUGCCCUUGAUGAGCCUUGUUUAUUCUCUUUUGGUGACUUGGGUAAUGUGGUCAUUGCAGUCCCUUACUAUGAACCUAACUACGGUAGCACUAAUCACUUCUUUUACUCAGUUGACCAUGGUGCCACUUGGAUUAAAGUUGCGCUCGAGACCUCAAUUUAUCCGUUAACUUUAACUACUACCAUUGAUAGUACGUCUACCAGGUUUUUACUUACCGGUCUAGUCGACAAAGAUCCCUCGGUUGAAAGUAACCUGAGAUAUUCGGAGAUAAUAUAUUCAUUAGAUUUUUCAAAAGCAUUUGAUGGAAAGAAAUGUGGAAAGGACGAUUACGAUGAAAUAUAUGCGAGAGUCAAAGAUUCUGAAGAUCCAACUUGUGUGUACGGUUCUAAAGAAAAGUACUUAAGAAGAAAGCAAGAUUCCAAAUGUUUUGUGAGCAAAGUCUACGAGGACUUAAAGUUUGAAAAGGAACCAUGUAAAUGUACUGCGAAGGACUUUGAAUGCUCCAAAUUUCAUACAUAUAGUUCUGAAGAGGGAAUAUGUAAAUUAGAUACAAAGAAAAUCACCCGCCAAUGUUACAGUGAAAAGAAAGGAACUAAACUUGAGCUCACUAAUACCAUUCGUGGAUCCAAUAAUAUUUGUAAAUUGGAAGGACAAUCAGAAAAGGACUUUAUGCAGAAAGAAACUAUAAACUGUGAUGAUUACACCAAAGAUAACAAGGGUGGAGAAGGAGGUAAAACUAGUAAUGAAAUUGUCACCCAAGUCAAUGUAUUUGAAGGAGAUAUUUCUCGUUAUAAUUACUUUGAAAAGGGUGAAAAUUUCAAUGGAGAGAACUUGGUUGUUAAGCUCAGCGAUAAUCUCGUGUUUGCUUCUAAUAAUGGUGGAGUUGAUUUUGUCCAAGUAAAAAUUGAUGAAGAUGUUAUCGGUUACUGGACAGGAUACGUCGCAGGUCAAAUAGUUCUAUUAACUAAUACCAAAAAGAUUUAUAUCUCGUUGGAUGGAAUAAACUUCAUUAGAAAAUUUGAGGCACCUACCCUACCAAAUGACAUCGGAAUUACGCCUAUUUCAUUUCAUAAAACUGAUGUGAAUAGAUUUAUUUGGUACAGUAGCGAGAAUUGUGUCAGUAAAUAUAGUAAAGACUGUACACCAGUUGCUUACCAUACAACUGAUGGUGGAUAUACAUUCACAGUUUUGAAAGAAGGAGUUACGAAGUGUGAUUAUAUUUACCCACAUCUCGUAAAUCCUGUGAACUUGAACAACAAUACAAUCUUUUGUCAAACAGAUGGCUUUGAAAGUGGUAAAAUCAAGUUGAUAAGUAGUGAUGAUUAUUUUAAAACUGAAAAAGUACAUUUUGAAAAUAUUGUUGGGCUGGCUUUCACAGGUAAUUUCUUUGUUGUUGCCACCGUGAAAGAAGAAAAUCAAUCUUUGCGGGCUAAAGUGACCGUGGAUGGAUUGAAUUUUGCUGAUGCUGACUUUCCAAGCAAUAUCAAUGUGAAUGCGAACCAAGCUUAUACUAUUCUAGAUGCCAUGACUGAAUCUGUUUUCAUGCACGUCACUACAAAUAACGUUGAGGGCCAUGAGUUUGGAGCGAUCCUUAAAUCAAAUUCUAAUGGUACUUCUUAUGUAUUAUCCUUGGAUCAUGUUAACAGAGAUAGAAAAGGAUAUGUUGACUAUGAUAGAAUCGAUGGGUUAGAGGGUACCAUCAUUGCCAAUACUGUCGAAAAUGCGAAUGAAGUUAGAACCAAGAAAGAAUCAAAAAAGUUGAAGACCCAAAUUUCUCACAAUGAUGGAGCUGAAUGGUCCUACUUAACUCCUCCUACUGUUGAUUCGAAAGGUAAAAAGUAUUCGUGUAUCGGAUCCUCUAUUGCUAAGUGCUCUUUGAACUUGCAUGGCUAUACUGAGAGGGCCGAUUACCGUGAUACAUUUUCUUCUGCUUCAGCUACUGGACUUAUAAUCGGAGUUGGUAAUGUUGGUGAAUUUCUUGAGUCUUACUCACUGGCAGCUACAUUUAUCAGUAAAGAUGGUGGUAUAACAUGGAAAGAAAUCAGUAGUGGUGUCCAUAUGUGGGAAUAUGGAGAUCGUGGUACUAUAUUAGUACUUAUCAAAUCAAAGGAGCCAACUCAAAAUAUUCUCUAUUCGUUAGAUGAGGGUGACACAUGGAUUGACUAUAAAUUUUAUGAAGAACCAAUUAACGUUUUAGACUUAGCUACCGUUCCAUCUGAUACCUCAAGGAAAUUUUUAGUGUUUGCACAUGAUAAAUCUGAAGGUAGAAAUACCUUAUCUAUCUCUUUUGACUUUUCUAAUGUUCACAAAAGACAAUGCCAAUUAGACUUAGAUAAUCCAGAUAAUGAUGAUUUCGAGUAUUGGACUCCAAAACACCCUAAGUUGCCAGACAAUUGUUUAUUUGGUCACGAAUCUUAUUACUUACGUCGUGCUGUGGGCCAUAAUGAUUGCUUCAUCGGCAGUGCUCCAUUAAAGGAAGGAUUCAAAACAAUUAGAAAUUGUUCUUGUACAAGAAGAGAUUUCGAAUGUGACUACAAUUUCUAUGGUGAUACAGAUGGUACUUGUAAAUUAGUUCCAGGAUUAUCUGCUAGUGAUCGUCAAAGCGAAUCCUGUAAGAAGGAAGGUGCCUUUGAAUACUUUGAGCCUACCGGGUAUAGGAAGAUUCCUUUAUCCACUUGUGUUGGAGGCAAGGCAUACGAUAGCUGGAAUGCUCAUGCAUGUCCAGGAAAGGAGAAAGAAUUCAAUAAGCAUUACGGGAAGGAAAUCUCAGGAAGCAAAGUACUUAUACUUGUAUUUGUUCCACUAUUUGUAUUUUUAUUCUCAGUAUGGUUUGUUUAUGACCGUGGUAUUCGUAGAAAUGGUGGUUUCAAAAGAUUAGGUCAGAUUAGGCUUGAUUUAGAUGAUGAUCAAGGCGGAUUUCAGCCAAUCGAAGAGAAUACAGUUGAUAUGGUUGUCAAUAGAAUCGUGAGUGGUGGUAUAUUCGUUGUAGCUGGAGCUAUUGCAGUUUUCAAGACUGCAAGAAAGUUUGAUAGAUAUAUUUUUGACAAGUUAACCUCGCUGAUUUUCCGUCGUUCAAGGUCCAGAUCUCUGAAUUACGUACAAGUACCAACAGAUCUUGAAGCAGAAGAAGAACUAUUCCGCGAUGAUUAUGAAGAUGAAUUGAAUGAAGAUGGUAUUAACGUCAACGCUAAUCCCUUUUAUGAUGAGGACAACGGUGAGUUAGCUGAUGAUGAUAUUGCAAAUUUCCAUGAUGAAGAAGAAAGGGAUCCUAGAGAUGUCGAUUCAAGACUUUUCAAUAUCGACGACCAUUCAGAUGACGAUCUCUCAACUAGUAGGUAA